UCUCUCUGUCUUUCUCCUCGCCACUUUCUCUAUCUGAAACCCUGUUUACGUAUAUAUCUAUAUCUAUAUCUAUCUAUAUAUCACCUCCAUAUAUUUUGACACUUUAAUAUACGCUUCUUUCUAGAAUGUUAUAACCAUUGAAUCACCAGACGCAAAACAUUUCUCUCUCCGUUACAAACCCAAUAUCUCAUCACAUGGAAGCUAGCAAGGAGAAGAAUGCGCCGUGGCUAUCGGUGCCCCAAUUUGGGAAUUGGGACCAAAAGGGAGAAUUGCCAGACUACUCUAUGGAUUUCACGAAAGUAAGAGCAAUGAGGAAACAGAACAAGAGGGAUGUCUCUAGAGCUAGCCUUGGAAAUGAACAGGAGCUCAUGUCAACCACUACCAAGUUGAAAACCGGCCAUCGUGUUCUUCAGCAUUACCAUCAGAACCACUGUCCAGCUACACGGAAGAGCAUUCUCAGCUACUUCAAUUGUUGCGCGAAAGCCUGAGAUAUAUGAAUCAAUUUCACAUAUAUUUCACACUUUUCUGUAAUGAUGCUGUGUAUUGCUAUGGCUUUCUUUCUAACAUGUUUCGUCACCCUUUUUUUCAAGUGGGAAUGAUAAUGUGUUUGUAAAUUUGAUGUCUCCCGUCUUUAAUUUGCUGCCUUAUUAUGCAUUGAAUAUGUUGAUUAGCUAAUUGAAGGACAAAUAAAUUAUGGUUUUCAUAGAUGAGCCAUUUAUUGAGUGUUGUCGAGUUUUUGAGAGAAAUGAA